AUGUCCACCAACCCCCCCAAGUCGCCCAGGUCACCGUCGCUCCGUUUCUCGCGCCAGGGAUUCCACCCGCUGCGCGACAACCCCAACGACAUGGCUCCCAACGACGCAACCAUUGACAUUCCCCUCGAGCCCGUCGUGAGCCGCUCGCCCUCGACCGGCAUGCGCAGCGGCAGCAUCGCCCCCAUGACCAAGGUCGUCACCCACGAAGAGCCAGACGAGAAGUCGGGCCACCACUUUGGUCGCCGCGUCAAGAAGCUGCCCUCCAAGGGCGAGGCCACGGGCAAGAUCGGCUACGAUGGCGAGGAGGACUACAUCAACCGCGUCGGCAAAAUCUACUUCAAGAUUCUCCACUUCAGCAUCAUCACUCGCUACUUCAUCUACGUACUCCCGCUUGCCCUGUGCAUUGCGGUGCCCAUCAUCGUCGGUGCCACUGCUGCGCAGGACGCGAAUAUUGGCGGUGUUCGGAUCGUCUGGUUCUUCACGUGGAUCGAAAUCGUCUGGCUCUCCGUCUGGGUCGCCAAGAUCGUAGCCCACUUCCUCCCCAGGAUUUUCCAAAUCUUCGCCGGUGUCGUCAGCUCCGGUGUCCGCAAGUAUGCCCUGGUCCUUCGUGCCCUUGAGAUCCCCAUUUCCCUUGUCGGCUGGGCCGUCACAUCUCUUGCCACCUUCAUUCCUUUGAUGGUCCACAACCCCGAUAUCCAACGCGAGGCGGCCGAGCAAAAGGCUUCUUCCACAGACGGCACUUCCACCGCCGACGCGGUGAAGGAGUGGGAGAAAGUUGUUCGUCAGAUCCUGGCCGCCGCAGUCGUUUCAGCCUGCGUGUUCCUCGUCGAGAAAUUCCUCAUCCAGCUCAUCAGCAUCAACUACCACCGCAAGCAGUUCAACGCAAAGAUCAAGGAGAACAAGCGCCAGACUUUCCUGCUUAGUCUGCUCUACGAUGCCUCCAGGGCCCUCUUUCCCGCCUACUGCCGGGAGUUCCAGGAGGAGGAUUACAUCAUCAACGAUACCCUGAGGCUCAACAUUCCCGGUGCCAAGAAGAGCCACGCACGAUCCGGUUCUGCUACUCCCAUGCGGCUGCUGCACGAUGUCGGACGCGUUGGAGACAAAAUCACCUCCGCUUUUGGCAACAUUGCUUCCGAGAUUACGGGCAAGCAGGUCUUCAACCCUGACUCUGCCCAUUCGAUUGUGGUCUCAGCUCUUGAGAAACCCCGUUCUUCCGAGGCUCUUGCCAAGCGUCUUUGGAUGUCGUUCGUCGUUGAAGGCAGAAACGCUCUCUACCACGACGACAUUGUCGAAGUGCUUGGUGCUGGCCGCGAGGUCGAAGCCGAAGAAGCUUUCGCGGCGCUUGACAAGGAUGGAAACGGCGACAUCAGUCUCGAUGAGAUGGUCCUCCAGGUUACCGAGAUGGGUCGCAGCCGCAAGGCUGUCGCCACCAGCAUGCACGAUGUUGAUCAAGCCAUUAACGUCCUUGAUGGCCUGCUGGCGACCGUGGUCUUUGUCAUCUGCGUCUUCGUCUUCAUCGCCUUCCUGAACACCAGCUUCGUCACCACUCUUGCAACUGCUGGAACGGCUCUCCUUUCUCUCUCCUUCGUGUUCUCGGUCACUUGCCAGGAAGUCCUCGGUUCUUGCAUCUUCUUGUUCGUCAAGCAUCCCUUCGACGUCGGUGACAGAGUCGAUCUCAGCAUGGGCGUUGACCAACUCACCGUCGAGCACAUCUCUCUCUUAUUCACUGUCUUUAAGCGGGUGUCCAACGGGCGUACAGUCCAGAUCCCCAACAUCGUUCUCAACAGCUUGUGGAUCGAGAACACGAGCAGAUCUCUGGCCAUGAGCGAGCGGAUCCCCAUUUACGUUGCUUUCGGUACGUCGUUUGAGGACAUCACUGCUCUCAAGGAUGAGAUGCAAAAGUUUGUUCGCGACAAGGACAACGCUCGCGACUUCUUUCCCGACAUCGACAUCGAUGUUAGGGGCAUUGCUGAGCUCAACAAGCUGGAACUGCAAAUCGAGUGUCGUCACAAGAGCAACUGGGGCAACGAGGCUCUGCAGCUCGCCCGUCGCAACAAGUUCAUGUGUGCCCUGGUUCAGGCUAUUCGCAAGAUUCCGAUUGACCCGCCAGGUGGCAACGACGCUGCUCUUGGCUCUGCCGAUCAGCCCACCUUCUCUGUUAGCGUUUCUGCCUCUGAGGCUUUGGAGCGUCGCCAGGCAUACCUGGAUGGCAAGGAGAAGGGUCGCCUCUAUCCGUCCAAGAAGGAGGAGGCUGCGACAGCUACCUCUUCUGGCGUGGACUUCCUGGGCUCUGAGCUCCACUCGGAGAAUCAGGCCAUCAACACUCUGACAGCUCGUCCCAUAGGAGCCGAUCCUUACCGCGAUGGAGCAUUCCAAGAUCGUGCUGACCAAGCCGACAUCAACCGGACCGGCUCGAUCGGCCGCCCUAGCAUGGAUGCUCAAGAUGUGGAAGAUGUGCGCAGCUCGCUGAAGCGCGAGAGCACUAAGGGCAAGCGCAAGGCUGGGCCGAUGAGCCCGUCGGCGAUUAGUGUUUCGGGACCUGGCGGCGAGAUGAGCGAGUACUACGAUUACGGUCAACAGAACAUGAGCCCCGUGAGCCCACAACAGAGCCAAGGCUCAUACGGAUCGCCACAGCAGGGCUACGCUCAGCCGGGCACGGCUUACCGGCCUCUGCAACAUCAACAGCAGCAGCAGCAGCAGCAGCGGAGCCUGCAUUCCCGUGAGCGGAGCCUGCAUUCCCGCGAGCGGAAGCCUAGCAACCCUUACGCAGACUCGCCGUAA